UGGUUGUAUGUUAUUAAAUGAUAAAAUGUUGUGUCGAAUCUGUCGUGCUCAAUCACAGUCUGCACAGCAAGAUGGCGGCCCCUACCAAACAGUAUGGGCUGAUUUUGUCUCAGAAGAAAUCAAAGAACCUGCUGAAACACUCCGUGUUCGAGGAUGACUCUGAUGACGAGAUCACAGUUGGGGAGACUCUGCAGAAAGAAGCUGUCAAAAAGAAGAUGAUGAAGCAGACGCGUCUGGAGAUGCACAAAGCCCUGGAACAGGACAGCUCUGUUUAUGACUACGAUGCUGUGUACGACGACAUCCAAAAACAGAGACUUGAGACCAACAAAAAACUUCUGGGAGGCGCUGACAAAAAGCCAAAGUACAUUCACCAAUUAAUGAAGGCAGUUGAGGACCGAAAGAAAGAACAAGAACGAAGGGACGAGAGGAAGAUCCAGAAGGAAAGAGAGGCAGAAGGAGAGGAGUUUGCAGAUAAAGAUGCUUACGUUACAUCCGCCUACAAGCUAAAACUGCAGGAGCAGAAGGAGGAGCUGGAGAAAGAAAAACGAGUGGCAGCCAUGGAAGCGGCUUUGGACGUGAAGAAACAGAAAGAUCUGAGCGGCUUCUACCGCCACUUGCUGAAUCAGACCGUAGGGGAGGAGGCGAUACCGGAUCACUCAGCAGACAAAACUCAAAACGCGAAGGCUUCAGAAGACGCAGUGAGGACUUCACCUGUUUCCUCAGCCGUGUGCCAUGAUAAUAUUCCAAGUUCAUGCAGCGACAGCGAGGAGGGCCAUGAGCAGAAAUGUGGAUUUAGCAAGCACGGGGCGGGUUCUGCACACUCAAAACGCCAAUACAGACAGAGGUCCCCUUCUUCAGGGAGCGGAGAAGAGAAGGAGAGGGCGAAGGAGCGAGACAGACAUACGAAGAGGCACAGGGAUCAGGAGAAAGACCGAUACAGGGGAAGGGAAAGGGACGACAGGCACGGAGGGAGAAGGGACGACAGGGACGGAAGGAAAGACAGGGACCGAGGCAGAGAAGAUGACAGAAGCAGAGGCAGAGAAGAUGACAGAAGCAGAGGCAGAGAAGAUGACAGAAGCAGAGGCAGAGAUGAUGACCGAGGCAGAGGCAGAGAUGAUGACCGAGGCAGAGGAAGGGAUACAGACAGGGAAGACCGGCAUGGCAAGAGGGAGAGGAGCCCUAAGGAAAGAGAGAAGGAUAGGAAUGGGGAGAGAGAAAAGAGAAGGAAUCCUGAUGAAGACAAGCGUAGGGACAAAGAUCAGGAGGAGGAGAAGGAGAGAAAGAAGCAACCAGGAAAUGAGAAGGCAGUGAAGAGCGAUGAAAAAGACCCAGAAAAGAAGGAAGCAGUCGGAGAAAAGAGCACGGAACUCAAAGAUGAUCAGAAACAGGAAGGCGAGGAGAAAGAGGAUGUGGAGGAAAAGGCCAACAAGUUUGCAAAGCGCAGCACGGAUCAGACUGUUGGUUCGGCGAGGGACAGGUACAUGGCCAGACAGAUCGCCCGCUCGUCCUCUAAGACUUACAUAGAGAAGGAGGAGGACUGAGCGCUGUGCACCACAAUGUAGAAGACGAGGCGUACGUUAUUUAAUGUCUGUCUUUCAACAAACCUCAAGAGAAAAACCACCAUUGAGUUAGUUUCUUCAAUACCACCUGACUUCCCUUGCUUGUUACCCAAGCCGACCGAAAAGGUAAAUCUCUUAAGGCUCUUUUCAAAGCUCAUUGAUUUUGCAAAGCGGUUGAGCACUGUACUUUUUGCAACCUUUCUUCUAGCAGGAAUAAAUAUAAUUCUAUCAUGUUA